AUGGUUGCAAUCAAUGGGGCCGACUCCCCUUCGCCUUCCCCCGACGCCACCGUGCUGCAAGUGUCAGUGGUUCAGGGACGGCACUUGCAGCUUGCAGGCGGCGUCCAGGACAAAGGCGGAGCCACGGUGUCGCUCUCUCAGGGAAAGAACCAGGUGAAGACAGUGGCGAAGACGGGAGCGGCGCCCAAGUGGCUUCAGGACUUUAAGAUUCCUCUGGACUACUCGCCCGGUGCCUCCCUGCCGCAGCCAGGCGACGUCAUUCUGCAGAUAGGAAUUGGCUCACCUGACACAGGCGACGAGGUGCUGGCCACGUGUGAUUCGAGGCGCUUCAGAAACUAA